UAUCCCUAGUAUGACUCCUAGUGCUGAGCGACCUCCGGCGAAUACACAGCAGUCGGCUAACUUACUUCCACACGGGUCUUGCAGCAGAUACCCUGGCAAUGGCAACCUCUGAGAACGAUAAGAGGCCUAAGCCCAGCAGCCUGCGGUCCAUCAUCGCAGGCUCUACUGCCGGUGCAAUCGAGAUUGCAAUUACCUAUCCGGCCGAAUUUGCGAAAACCCGAUCUCAACUCAAUCGCAGAUUACCGGACGCAAAGAAACUCCCAUGGCCGCCAUUUGGAGCACAAUGGUACGCUGGGUGCACAACUUUGAUUAUAGGGAAUUCACUCAAGGCAGGAAUUCGGUUCGUCGCCUUCGAUUGGUUGAAGUCACUUUUGCAGGAUGAAAACGGCAAGAUUUCUGGACCAAGAACAGUCAUCGCAGGUUUCGGCGCAGGAUUUACAGAGUCAUUGCUAGCCGUUACUCCAUUUGAGAGCAUCAAAACACAAUUGAUCGAUGAUCGCAAAUCACAAAAUCCUCGCAUGCGUGGAUUCUUACAUGGCAGUAAAGUGAUCUUUCAGGAGCGGGGAGUUCGCGGUUUCUUUCAAGGCUUCGUCCCUACGACUGCACGACAGGCUGCCAACUCAGCUGUUAGGUUUUCGAGCUACACAAUGCUGAAGCAAUUGGCCCAGGGUUAUGUCGCUCCAGGUGAGAAGUUGGGAACCGCGAGCACUUUCGCUCUGGGAGGCAUUGCAGGCCUCAUCACUGUCUAUGUUACGCAACCUCUUGAUACUGUCAAGACAAGGAUGCAAUCGCUGGAAGCCAGCAAGAACUACAAGAACAGUUUUGUCUGCGCUGCGCGUAUUUUCAAGGACGAAGGCAUCUUCACCUUCUGGUCUGGUGCUGUCCCACGGCUAGCGAGAUUGAUUAUGAGCGGAGGCAUAGUGUUUACGAUGUACGAGAAAACCAUGGAUGCUUUGGAUGGUCUCGAUCCAGAAAGGCGAUACAUUUGAUGGGGAGCACUUUGGCCAGUAGGUGCGACACAUGGUGAGAAACACCAUUACUAUUCGGAAUGCCCGAUGCGUGUGAAUU